AUGUCGUCUAUGCGCAACGCAGUCCAAAGGCGCAACCACAAAGAGCGCGCCCAACCACUCGAACGCCAGAAAUGGGGUCUCUUGGAAAAGCACAAGGUCCGUUCUUCUCUUGCAGCAAUUAAAAUUCUUCUAUGGAGACUUCAUCUCUACAACCUGCAACACUGCAAACAGAAAGAAAGGAAUAUUAAAAAAACUACAGNNGACUACUCCCUCCGUGCAAAAGACCACAAUGAAAAGAAACGCCGUCUCAAAGUCCUGCGCGAAAAGGCCGCCCAGCGCAACCCCGACGAAUUCGCUUUCGGAAUGAUCUCUAGAACCACAAAAAAGGGCGUCCAGCAAUCGACAAGGGGAAAAGACAACGGCUCGCAAACGCCGAUGAACAUGGAUAUUGUAAAGUUGCUCAAGACACAGGACGCCGGUUACCUGCAGACCGUUCUGCAACAGACUCGUCGCGCCAGAGAGAAGAUUGAGAAGCGAGCUGUCUUGAUGACUACUGGAGUCGAUGCGUCUAGCAUAAGCAAGAGAAAGGUGUUUGAUGACAACGGCAACUUGAUUGAGGAGACCACAGCGCAGCCCGAUUUUGACGAUGAUGAUGAUAUGGACAUGGAUCUCGACGACCUGGCAGACCUGGGCGACCUUGAUGGACUCGAUGAUCUUGAUGGUAUUGGCGGAAAUGGCAGUGGUAGUGAAGACGACAAGAGCGAGGAUGAAGAGAGCGACACCAAGGGCCUUUCAAAAGAAGAGAUCAGGCAGCGACGGAAGAAGAGACGUGCUCAGGAAGUGCUGCAAAACCAUCUCGGAGCAAUCAAAGACCGCGAGCGCGACCUGUCCGUCGCCCUGAGUCAGCUCCAGCAUCAGCGGGCACGCAUGAACAACACCGUUGGAGGCGUCAACAAAGAGGGUGUCAAGUUCAAGGUCAGAGAGAGAAAGCGUUGA